CCCCCUGGGGCAGAGCGYUGCAGGCUUGUUCCUGCAGUGCCCRUCUUCAUCCAUCGCAUCCUGCUGCUGUUUCCUCACCAGCACAUCACCUGGACUCUCAGCAGGGCUGGCACUGGGUGCAGGUGAUGCCCAUGCCCGUGACAGCUGAGCUGAUGACUGAGGUUGGGUUUAAACAAACCAGCAGUGAAAUCCCCCGUGUCUGAUCCAACCUGUAGCUGCUUCAACGCUGCCCAAGUUCCAGGCUGCACUUAGGCAUGAACCGGGCUUUGUGCGGACUGGAUUGUUAUUCAUUAAUUAUUGUUAGAUGAUGUGAGGGCUGGGACCAACUGCAGGUAAUGAGUACCGGGUAGAAAAUGCGUUUGAACAUCAAGCAUGUGCCUUAGUCACUGCUCUGCCACGCUUGCAACUAUGUUGUGGUUUUGGAGCCAAAGCCUCCAGCAAGCUGUGGCUGAUCUGUUAUCAGUUCAACUCCCUCAGAUGACAGACCUGUUACCGGAAUUCCUGAGCAGAUGCCAGGAGCAGGCUGCACUUCUGGAAACAAAUGUGCCCACUCUGGUGGUGGCUUCUAAGGAGUUACAAACUGCACACAGCAGCUCCCUGGAGCAGCAGUACUCCUUGCAGUUUUCCUGGUCUGCAGUUCCCAGUGGGAUCCAGAGCUGAUGCUGUGCUUCCCUCCCAAGAGAUCCGUGUCAAAAUUGGCACUGCUUGGUGAAUUCCACAUUCACAGGAAGAUUCGGAAGCUGUGCUCCAGGUGUGUCCUUUAGUCUCAAAGCCUGGGUUCAGCUGUUCUGUUCAGCUCUGGAGUUUACAAAAUGCAGCUUUYGGGAUGAGCCAGCAGGAAUUUGUGGCAUCUGCUUGCAGUUCCAGGCGUGGUGCUUUUCCACAGCAGGGAGCAGCAAGCCCAGGACACUCCUYGAAGUUCAGCUGCGUUUUGGGAAGGGAGCAGAGAUCACCCUGGGUUCUGCCAGYUGGGAUGGGGUUUGGAGCCACCACCAGACUGGUUUUCCUCAGCUGCUGCCCAACAUAGUCUGCAAAUGUUUUUUUGUCUCCUGAGGGCACCAACUGAGAGCUUCAGGGGCAGCCAAGAGGUGGUGGAAACUCUACAGGGUCCUGUAGCUCCUCUGCACCCAUUUGCAGAGCGGCUGCCAGGGCAUUAGUGAGAGGGUGUAGCUACAAGCUGUUGUAAUUCCAGGAACCUGAGCCAUGUUCCUCCAGGGAAAAGCAGGGAGGACCUCAUGGGCUGGCAUAAAUUUGUGUGAUACUAAGUUGGAUUUGGGGAGAGAGGGGAAGGAAGGAGAAACCAAUAAUAAUUACUAAUAAGCCAAAAUAAUAUUAAAUAAAUUUUAGUUUAUUUAAUUUAAAUAAACCAAAUAUUAUUAAAGGCAGGCUUUUGGCUUGCAGUCUUGAAUUGUCAUGUGGUAGUUAUUUGAAAAACUUGACUUUGUGGGACGGUUUUCUUUAUUUUCUUUAUUCAGCCUGUGCCCCUAGCCUUUAGUCCUGGGCCUCCCCUUGGCAUGUGGGUACUUCUGAGGAGGCUUGUUCUUUCUUUUUGCUUUCCUGUGAGAGACUCGAGUUCCUCUGGUGCUCAAGGAGCAGCCAGCUGUGCUUUGGGAACGUGGAACUUUGUAUCCUUAUUUGGGAAGCUGCUUCCCAGGCACGCCUCAGCAUUCGGCUGGCACUGCUGUCCUGCCACUCCUGAGCAGCAUCGAUCUCCUUCUAAGAAACUGCACUGCUGAUUGAUCCAUCGGAGACUACUGGAACAAAUAUGUUGUUUGUAACACCUAGAAGAACACAAGUAGAGGAUUUGGUGUGUCCAGCUAAUCUGAUUCCCCCUCAGGUGGYUGCUGUGGCUCUGAUCAGAAGCAAUAUGUGUAUGGAGGCUGGGCCUGGGCAUGGUGGUGCAUUACUGACACCCAAAGGAUUUCCCUAGAGAUAAUGACGUUACAGCCCAGGUGUGAGGACGUAGAGACGGCGGAGGGGGUAGCUAUAACUGUCACAGGUGUGGCACAGGUGAAGAUAAUGACCGAGAAGGAGCUCCUGGCUGUGGCCUGUGAGCAGUUCUUGGGGAAGAACGUGCAGGAUGUGAAGAACGUGGUCCUGCAGACACUGGAGGGACACCUGCGCUCCAUCCUGGGUACCCUGACAGUGGAGCAGAUCUACCAGGACAGGGACCAGUUUGCCAAGCUGGUGCGGGAGGUGGCAGCUCCCGACGUGGGUCGCAUGGGGAUCGAGAUCCUGAGUUUCACCAUCAAGGAUGUCUAUGAUAAAGUGGAUUACCUGAGCUCCCUGGGGAAGACUCAGAUUGCAGCUGUCCAAAGGGAUGCAGACAUUGGAGUGGCAGAAGCCGAGCGGGAUGCUGGCAUUCGGGAGGCAGAGUGCAAAAAAGAAAUGCUGGAUGUCAAGUUCAAGGCAGAUACCAAAAUAGCAGAUUCCAAACGGGCUUUUGAAUUGCAGAAAGCUGCCUUCACUGAGGAGGUCAACAUUAAGACUGCAGAGGCCCAGCUGGCCUACGAGCUCCAGAGCGCCCGGGAGCAGCAGAAGAUCCGUCAGGAGGAGAUCGAAAUCGAGGUGGUGGAGCGCAAGAAGCAGAUCGAGGUGGAGGAGAAGGARGUGGUGCGGAUGGAGAAGGAGCUGAUGGCCACUGUGAGGCAGCCGGCYGAGGCCGAAGCCUAUCGCAUCCAACAGGUCGCCGAGGGCGAGAAGGUGAAGCAAAUCCUCCUCGCUCAGGCAGAGGCAGAAAAGAUCCGCAAGAUCGGAGAAGCYGAGGCUUUUGUGAUUGAGGCCGUGGGGAUGGCGGAGGCUGAGGGGUUGAAGCUGAAAGCAGAAGCGCUCCAAAAGUACGGAGAAGCUGCUCAGCUGUCUCUAGUGCUGGAUGCACUGCCUGAGAUCGCUGCCAAAGUGUCUGCUCCGCUCUCCAAAGUGGAUGAGAUCGUUAUUCUCAGCGGAGAGAAAGGCAACACCAUGUCGGACAUGAACCGUCUCCUGGCUGAGGUCCCUGCUGCCGUGCGUGCCAUCACUGGUGUGGAUCUCACAAAGCUUCCCCUGUUCCAGAAAGCCACCGAGGCCAAGGAAUGAGGUUGGCCAACCCAAAGCUAGUGAAGAUCACUCCCUGUUAUGCACUCAGACAUCAACUGCCUUCGACACGUGGGAAUUCCUUUUAUAUCAAAGACAAUCCGAGUUUCCUUUGUAACUGGUGCCUUAUUUUGUAGGGCCAGAAAGAUGCAUGUCCUGUCUGCUGCUCUUCUUAUUCCAAGGCUGGGAGAAGAUUUGUUUUCUAAUUA